UUCUAUCGAAUUCUAUUGGUAUUUGAAGAUCAAAAGAAGUUGUUCGUCACACUUAAUCCAGUACAGAGUUCUUCAAUCGCCAAAAAAUGUCAAGUUCUCGCAGCUGCUGAAUUUAGUCAAUUGCUGGUCCAAGAUUAAAGAGUUCAUUUUUUCUUCUUUUCAUCGCCCUAGAGCUACCUUCCGUCAUUCCACAUCUUCUGAUGACCAGCGCUUGGACAAAUAUGGGCUUUGGAAUUCAUAGGGAUGUAGAGGGGGAGUAGGAGAUAAUUGGGUGGAGUAAUGGGUUUAUUAAAUGUAAUGGAGGUCCUUGCUCAUUGUUUGGAGCUAUGCAUCUGCAAAACUUGAGAAAGCAUUGGCGAUCAAAAAAUAUGUCAAAUAGAUAUUAGCCUUGGAGCCACUUGGAGCAUAUGAGCUAUGGAGCUUAUGGAGCAUCGCUCACCUCAAGGAUUGCUCUCUUGGUUUGCUUCAUGUGUAUCUUUGAGCAGAGUGAUCAAGUAGAUAAGAAAUGAGUAGCCGUUUUUCUCGUACCAUCUAUGUUGGCAACCUACCUGCCGAUAUCAAAGAACAUGAGGUUGAAGAUUUAUUCUACAAGUACGGUCGUAUAUUGGAUAUUGAAUUAAAACUUCCACCUCGACCUCCUUGUUAUUGCUUCGUGGAGUUUGAGAGUUCUCGUGAUGCGGAGGAUGCUAUUAGGGGACGUGACGGCUACAAAUUCGAUGGUUGUCGCCUAAGGGUUGAACUUGCACAUGGUGGUCGAGGAUCAUCAUCUGUUAGUGAACGUCGUAGUGGAGGGCGCUAUGGUGCAUCUCGUCGUACUGAGUAUCGAGUGAUUGUUCGAGGACUACCAUCUUCUGCAUCGUGGCAGGACUUAAAGGAUCACAUGCGAAAAGCUGGCGAUGUUUGCUUCGUGGAAGUUUCACGUGACAGUGAAGGAACCUUUGGUUUGGUUGACUAUACCAACUCUGAAGACAUGAAAUAUGCUCUCCGGAAAUUGGAUGACACUGAAUUCAAAAAUCCCUGGGCAAAAUCUUAUAUUCGGGUGAAGAAAUACGAUGAAAGCCCUACUAGGAGUCGCAGCAGGAGUAGAAGCCCAAAAAGGAUCAGAAGCAGAUCACCAGAAAGAUCAAUCUCUAGGUCACCUUCUCGAUCAAGGUCUGCAUCUCCUGUGAAAUCAACCAGGCCAAAGUCUAGAUCCAGGUCUAGGUCGAGGACCCCUUCAAAGUCACGGUCAGGGUCUGGAUCUCCUUAAUAAUAUAAUAGUUGAUAUGCCGAUCGGGUCAGAUUAAUGUCCGUGUUGUAUCAAUCCAAUGAGUUAAGCUUCUGCAAAUCCGCAGCAUUGCAUGAACUUGUGACAACCAUCGUAGUCAAUUUUCCAUUGUAACCGUGUACACUAGUCAUAAGGAAGUUUAUUAGACAUCCGGUGUGCUUAGCUUAGCAGCUCUAGAGUUUGCAGACAUUUGUUGAAGUAUGUAUUUUUAUUCACAUUGCUGCGUGUUUUGCUUCUAGUUUUAUUUGGGGAUUAGUUAAAGUUUGAGCAUUGCUAUAUUCUUGUUAUGUUUCACUUUUGACCGUAUAACCUUUCAUGUUCUUGCUUAUUCGAAAUCAGACAAAUCAUGCUUUCUCA